GUUAUACACAUACAAACAUAAGUAGAUACAUUGAAAAGGCUCGGCAACUAAAUAUUCUUAUCUUUGUUUUCACGUAACGAUAAACAUUAAUGAAAAAAUAAUUAGUUAUUGCGGUAUUUAGUUGCUAGUAGGACGUAAUGGCGUAUUCAAAUAAAUUGAGUAAGAUUUGCACGUCAUUAAAUCUCAGUUAUGGAGUUAGAUUUAAUCAUGCCCAGAAACUCAAAUCAGAUUUACAACGGCGGCACAUUGAUAAAGUACUUAUAGCGAACAGAGGAGAAAUAGCUUGUAGGGUUAUGAGAACUGCCAAAAAAUUGGGAAUAAAAACAGUUGCCGUGUAUUCUGAUGUUGAUAAACAUGCAAUGCAUGUUGAAAUGGCUGAUGAGGCAUAUAACAUUGGACCUGCACCAUCCUCUCAAAGCUAUUUAAAUGCAUCAAAGAUUCUAGAAGUAGCAAAAAAGUCUAAUAGCCAAGCUAUUCACCCCGGCUAUGGAUUUCUGUCAGAAAAUUUUGAGUUUUGUGAAAAAUGUGCAUGUGAAGGUGUUAUCUUUAUAGGUCCUCCACCUGCUGCCAUAAGAGACAUGGGUAUCAAGAGCACAUCAAAAGCAAUAAUGUCGAGUGCAGGUGUGCCUAUAGUGAAGGGUUAUCAUGGAGAUAACCAGAGCAUUGAAAAAUUACAAGCCGAAGCUAAAAGAAUUGGCUUUCCACUAAUGAUAAAAGCUGUUAGAGGAGGAGGAGGAAAGGGUAUGAGAAUUGCUAUGACUGAAUCAGAUUUCUUGCCUCAAUUAGAGUCAGCAAAGAGAGAAUCUCAAAAAUCUUUUGGUGACGAUAAUAUGCUUCUAGAACAAUAUAUUACUGACCCUCGGCACGUGGAAGUACAGGUAUUUGCUGAUAUGCAUGGAAACGCAGUCCAUUUAUUUGAGAGGGACUGCUCUGUUCAGAGACGUCAUCAGAAAAUUAUUGAAGAGGCACCAGCACCUGGUAUUUCAGAGGAAACACGUAAAGCCAUAGGUGAGGCAGCCGUACGCGCAGCCAAAGCAGUCGGCUAUGUGGGUGCAGGCACCGUGGAAUUUAUCCUCCACCGAGUUACACAUGAAUUUCAUUUUAUGGAGAUGAACACGAGAUUGCAAGUAGAACAUCCAAUUACUGAAAUGAUUACCGGUACCGACUUAGUGGAAUGGCAACUAAGAGUGGCAGCUGGCGAGCCUCUCCCAGUGACGCAAGAGGAUAUAGUCCGACGAGGACACGCCGUAGAGUGCAGGAUAUAUGCCGAAGAACCGAGGGCCGGUUUCCUUCCUCGUGCCGGUACAUUACACAGACUGACACAACCAACGCCUGAGGAACAUGUCCGGGUAGAAACUGGUGUCAGGGAAGGACAAGAAGUCUCCGUUCACUAUGACCCUAUGAUUGCUAAACUUGUAGUAUGGGGUAAAGAUCGUAACGAAGCACUCGCCAAAACUAGACAGAAACUCUCUGAAUACCAAGUAGCGGGUCUAGAAACGAACGUGAACUUCCUGUUGCGGCUGAGCGGCGCGGGCGCGUUCGUGUCGGGCGACGUGCACACCGCCUUCAUCGCGCAGCACGGGGCCGAGCUGUUCCCGCCGAGCGACGCGCAGCUGGGCGCCGAGCGCGCCGUGCAGGCUGCACUGGGAUAUUUAAUAAAAUCUCAAAUUGAAGUUACUUCAAACGACUCAUGGAAGGGAAUCUCUGUAGCUCCAAAUGCAUGGAGACCGAAUUAUAAUUUAGAAAAGACUGUGAAUUUGAAGUUUAAUGACAACGAAACGAAAGUAACGGUUAAGUUUGACAAUGCCCCUAACACUUACCUGGUAAAAGUGAACAAUGGAGAGUUUAAAUCUGUUGAGGCUCAUGUAAAGUCGACUGAACAAGGACUAAGACUGAUUUGUAAAAUUGAUGACAAAACGACCAACGUUGGCUUACUGACGCACGACAAUGAAGUACAUGUUUAUGAUCAGUAUGGUCAGACAGUCGUAAAUCUACCGCGUCCCAAGUACCAAGAACUAUCUGGAGCUGAUGCAACGGCCUCGGCGGACAGCGCCAGUUCCCCGACACCGGGGGUGCUCGAGAGGGUACUGGUUAAUAAAGGCGAUAAGGUGGUGAAAGGGCAGCCGCUGUUCGUAGUGAUUGCUAUGAAGAUGGAGUAUGUCGUGCGGUCACCGAGAGAUGGCGUUGUAGCCGAAAUAGCCUCUUUCAAUCUAGGAGACUCCGUCGGCAAGGGCGCUCAAGUCGUUUUACUUCAAGGCGAGAAUUAGGUUUAUUUAAGUAUAUCUACAUAUGAUUUAGUAAAAACGCAACGUGGACUGGAUAUCAUAAUUUAUUUGUUAAUAAGAGUAUUAGUUUUCAAAAUAUGACAUACACAAAUUUAUAAAUAAAUAUUAUAUAUAAAUUUAUAUUUUUUGUCUAUGAAAUAUCUAAUUGCGUUGAAGUGUUCCUUAAACGAUUAUUAAGAUAUGAUAUAAUUAAUAUAUACUUUAUACAGUAAUAUAAUUAUAUAUCUUCAAUGAUAUAUUUUUUUCCUUUUUUUUUUGCUUAGUGCUUAUAUAAAAAGUUUAAGUGAUUUUAGUAGUUUUUUGUUUUUGUAUGUUGGUUGUUUAGUUAGUAGUUUCUAAACUUCUAUACGUUUUGAUAUUCAUAUUUUUUCUAAUUUUAUAAUACACAACACACUGUAUUAUAACUGGACAUUGUAUUGUUGUACUUUGUAUUUUUGACCAAAUAAAUUAUACUUUUUU